UCAACUAUUGGCUGCCAGUGUGUACGCGUAUUCGGCGAGAACGUACCAUUGCAAAACUAAACUUUCUGCAUAAAACAUAAAAAAAACAUUAAACAAAUGAAAAACAUUAAAAUUAAGUCACUUAUCGAAGAGCUUAAGUAAAUAACGUGUGCGUACAUUACGUUUAAGGCCUGGAGUUUGUGUGUUGUGUGUGUGUAAAAAGGCAAAAAGACCUAAGGCAAAAGAGGGACGAAGACGAAGAGAAAAUGUCACGCAAAGCAGCAGCCACAGAAAAAGAGUGAAGAAAUUACAUUUGGGGGAAGGAAAAGCGUAUUAAAACUUAACAAUAACAAUAUUCAAAGACUACUGUGAAAAAGGGCGCAAUUUCGAAGGCAAUGCGUGCCUCGCAAAUGAAAUUGCAUUGAAAAAGGAAUCGAAAUAGAAAAUAACGAGUUGUUGUUGUUGUUGAGUAGUUGUUACUCGACUGGCAGACACCUGCGAGCGCAAGGAGGAGCGAUGAAAACAACUGAACUGGUCCUGGGGAGGCGCCUAACUACUGUUCUCGUACAGUUUUCGCUCCUUGAUUUGAAUGUCGUCGUCGCUGGUAAUUGAAUUGAAACUCGGCUGUGCUACUGGAACUGGAACUAAUACUGGGACUGGGACUGGGACUGCAACAACGACUUGCACUCCUCACUGGCACAAUGCAAAGCUUGGACUCCUCAUGCCAAGAAGCAGAUUUUAUCAUAAAUGACACGCUUAAGAAGCUAAAAGGCGAUAAUCCACUGAAUGCGAGCUCACAGGGCUUGCCGCAUGCCGUUGGCUCUGCUGUUCAACAGCAAUUUGUUUACCAAGCGUCGCAGGGCUCACAAGGCUCACCACAGCCACAGAAUCAGCCGCAGUCAUACCAUCAGCUGCACACGGUGUUGCAGUCCACAUGCUCACCCACGCUUGCCAUCAACAAUAGCCAGCAACAGCAGCAGCAGCAACCACAACCACAACAAGUACCAGCUGCUCCGGUCCCCGUCAGCGUACGAUCUUUAUUACAGGCGAUACCUCAAAUACCUGCGCAACCGCCAAUCUGCAUAUUCGAUGACGACGAAUCGCCUACUGAGCUGCCUGCUAGUGGCAACAUUGUCAUACUCUCGGAGCAGCCACCCGCUUCAUCUGCAACAUCUGCCGGGCUGCCUUGUUCUGGGAUUGCGAUAGCGCCGUCCCCUUCAUCAUGCUCUUCAUCAACAACGACGCUGUCCAAUUUGAACUCGAUCACAUCGCCUUCACCAGUAGUUCCUGACCUGCUGCUGUCCACGCCACCGGGUGUCAAUUCCAGCUUAAAUAGCAAUAACACCUCCGCCACAUCGUCACAUAUUUUUCAGCACCUACAACAGCAGCCACAGCCGCACCAGCAGCAACAGCAAUCUUACAGCAGCACUAAGAAGGUUGAUAGACGGCUCCCCCAAAGCAUUUCAAGUGCUUCGUCCGGCAUUACAAGCAGUCACAAUCAACAGCACCAUCAUCACCUGCAAAUCCAUCAGCCUCAGUCGCACAACCACCAAAAUGUUCUGUCGUCUCCCACAUCGUCGCCUAGCAAACGGUCUAAAGGGAGCAGUAGCAACAACAACAAUAGCAAGGAGUGUAGUUACUCUAGUCGCAACACAGCUCCGACGUCUGCAUCACCGCGUGCUGGCGCCGGAGCUGGCUCCAAUACCAAUACUAACAACAAUGCCAGUAGCACCUUAUCCAACUCAGUGAACAACAAACGAGAAUCGACGACGAAGUUCUUUAAUAUCCACGACAAAAUCAAGGAGCUAUAUCUGCAAUUGUUAAGUAACGAUUUAAACCAUUUCGCGGAAACUGGGCUGAAGCAGCGAAGUCGUUCAUUCAUUCUGGAUCGACUUGUUGAGUGCGAGCGAUUAAACACCAUUGUCGUCAACUUGUACCCUGGUAACAAGGGCUACUCCCUGGCACUCCACUACGAUGAACAAAUAAUGCUUAAUCCGCUUACAAACGAAUGGAUCGUCACGGAUCCCGCUCACAUCCACGGAAACCACACCAUCGAAAACUCGGCUAGCACUGCUAGUCGUAACAAAGCUCACGCCGAUAGCGACGCUAGCAAUAAUCUUUUCAGGAUGAAGUCGAGACUGAACGAAACCGAUGCAUCACCUGGAGACGCAGCAUCAGCGCCUAUAUCAUCUGGCUAUGGCUUGGUUGAAGUACUGCGUUGGCCCUAUGAAAACGAUUUGCUCCUGCAGUGCAUCGAUCGCGAACUCCUGCCCGAAUUUCUCAUGGAUCUGCUGAGCGCCGAAACAGUCACCCUGAGCUCCCCACAAGAUGGAAGCGACGGGUCGCGGGUGUAUGCCAAGCCCAGCGUCUUCUAUGCUGGCUGUGUAAUUGCGCAAAUACGCGAUUUCCGCCAGACAUUUGCCACCUCAACAAAUAUCUGUGAUAUGAAGCACAUCCUGCUGCGGCCCAGCAAUGCGACCCUGUUCGCGGACGUGCAGCAACUGGGAAGUUCGUUGGGCUGGGCCGGCUCAACGCCAGAGGACCGGCUAACGAUCGAAAGCCAACUGGUGCUGGCCACGGCGGAGCCACUGUGUCUGGAGCCAGACCCCAGUAUAGGUCGCCAGUCCAUUAAUGCACAGCACGAGCGUCAACGCUUCAACUCGCACGAAAUGCGCCGCCAAAUGAAAAAGUUCACCCAGGUGGCCAUCAAUCGCAAGCGCAAGCUAGAUCAGUUCACGCAUCACCAAGGACUCGAGCUCUGUGACUAUCUAACACGACUGCGUCAGCGUCCGCGUACCUCCAGCAACAGCACAGCGAAUGCAACCCCCGCGACAGCGCCCAGCAACAACCCGUUGGUGGGUGCCAUGCUCUCUUCAUUCACCUCAAAGGUGCCACGGCGACCACACGAAGUCAUCAGACCCAUAAGACCACCUACCCUGGAUUACCCGGUCAAGCUGAAGGUGCCCGAAAACGUAAUAAGUGUGGAGAAGUACGCGAAAACUUUCGAGCCACUGAACGAGUUCAGCGAUGCUUGCAAGGAAGGCUGCCAGACGAAUUGCCGACACAACUUUCAGCCGCAGCUCAUUGAGGAAUAUGUGCUGGAGACGGAACGCGAAGCGAGCGAGGGCCGGCGAGCUCUAUAUCACAUCAAACUCUCAAUUUUCCAACGCCCCUCCGAUGCAGAAUAUCUUGGCGAGCUGUACGUGGACCGCGAUUAUCGCGAGGGCGAACGUAAUGGAGAAUCGUGUCGAUUCGCACUUGGCACCCGUGUCCAUGCGAAUCGAUAUAUUCAGCAAUUCCGGGAAAUAUUUACUGAAGAGGGACGCAAGGCUGUUAAAAUCACGCACCUUAUACCCGGACAUGUGCCAAUUGUUACCCACACUGGACUUACAAAUGAACAACGAUUGUUGUUGCAGCAGCAGCAGCAGCAACAACAACAGCAACAGCAGCAGCAGCAACAACAACAGCAACAACAUCAGCAGCAACAACAACAGCAGCAACAACGACAGUUUAGUCAACAGCCACAACAGCUACCCGCUACAGUGCAUCAUGUCGCGCAAACACAUCCAAACGUCACUCUGUCUCGGCAACCAGCAAUCGUUACUAAGGUGGCGGGUCUGCAACAAACGUUUCGGCAGCAACAGCAGGCGGUUGCCACUACUCAAUUCAAUGCAGAUGGCACACUGCAAGUCCAUCAGCAACAGCCUCAACUCGGCAGUGGCAACAACAGCAUUUUACAGCAGCCAACGCAACAGCAGCAGCAACAACAACACCCGCAUAUACAACUUCUUACAGCCAGCGGCAAUGCAUCCGCCAGUACUACACAUCAAGUGAGUCUGGGCAACGGAUCACUGGUGCUGCUGCAACAACAGCCGCAACAACAACAACAACAACAACAACAACAGCAGCAACAGCAGCAGCAGCAGUUAAAUACCACAAUGCAACACUCAGGCAUCACUAUACAUCCCGCUAAUAUACAACACCAAAAGGCGACGGCAGGCCAGCUGAACACGGCAAUAGGUGCCAACUCCGCAUUACGCGCCCAGCUCAACUCCAACGUGCCAAUCCUCCAAUCGCAGCUAAAAGGGUCGUCGAUUGUUACAACACAUCAACUGCUACAGAAACAACAACAACAGCAGCAGCAACAGCAACAACAAAUAACUGCCACAAACAACAAUACAAUCAACAACAACAGUAGCAACAAUAAUAACAGCACGGCUGCGAUAAAUGCCAUAGUCACUAGCAUCAUGAACUCUGCUAACCAAUACCAGCAACAGCAACAGCAACAGCAACACCAUCAACAACAAGAACAGCAGCAGCACUCGAGCGGCACGCCCACCUCCAACGCCAACUCGACGUCUAUCAUCAACAUUAGCAGCAACAGCAGUGGCAGUCCUGCAACAACUUUAAAGAACUCGGGCAAUGCCUCUAUACUAAAUUUGUUGAAUAGCGCCCCAGCGGCCAUGACCAGCACGCCAGUCGCUAGUGGCACGUUCACUACGUCGUCGACGGGUCAGCAGCAAACGUUGACGUUGGUGCAGCAUCAGCAGCAGCAGCAGCAACAACAACAACAGCAGCAGCAGCAACAACAAUCGGUUCCCGCCAAUGUGGAUGCGACAACAGCAACCUAUGUGCAGACGACGCGCGGAACGCCGACACUGGUAAAUGCUCAACGCAAGCAGCCGUCGAGCGAGGUUUUGCAGAGUCUUCUGAAUUCGAACCGUAAAAUUAACAUCGUUGGCGCAAGUAGUGGAACAACGUUUCGUACUAACUCAGCUGGUAAUCUUAUAGCCGUCAAUCUGAACCAGGCUCAAGGUCAAGGUGCGCAGCAGGCUGCCGAUGGCAGUCAGUCGGUGCGUGUGUCCAUGUCUGCACUUGCGUCGCAACUGGCAUCGCCUCCGGCAGUGAUGACGAAUCCUCCCACUGGGUAUGGCGCUUACACUGUCAGCACAGGAGGCGUGUGUGGCAGCCUCAAAAUACUCAAUACCGGCCAACAGCAGCAGCAGCGCAUUCUGAGCUCGUUGCGAAGGGAUAGCACCACUGCGCCACCAAAUGCGAUUGUGGUGGGCAUGGCAGCACCCUCACCUGGCAGCGACUCCAAUGCCUCAAAUGCGAGUGGCUUUGCCGUGCCCACGAACUUAUCGUCUGCAUCAAGUGGAGGCAGCGGUGCUCUGAAUGCAUUACUCACAAAUGCUGCCACGCCCUCGCCGUCUGGCUCGGAUCAUUCGCAGUCGUCGCAAACGCAUCCGAAUCAGGUCCUGCUUGAAAGACUCAGCAACGUGACAUCAAAUGUGUCAGCCGUGUCAGCGGUGGCCAUGCCGCACAUGUCGCCACAGCAACCAUCACCGGUACAGUCGACCCAACAACAGCAGCAAUUCAUCACCAAGACACUUGUGCAUUCGCCCGCCACAUCAUCCAUACACUCGCCAAUGUCGAGUCCACAUCCCCAGCCGUCGGCGUCUCCCCAGCAGCAACAGCAGACGACGGCGACGUUGAAUCUGCAGGGCAUCAAUCUGUCCCAGCUGCAGGGUGCCAUGGCGAACUUUGCAGGUCUUCAGAAUGUUCAGGUCCAGAUUCCAGGCUUUACGCAGCCCAUUUCACUGCAGUUUUCCGGCAACAGUCUGCAGACACCUGUGCAGGUGCAACAGCAACAGUCGCAACAGCAAAGCACGACAUGUGGAGGCACAACGAGUGGAUCAUUGGCGCCUGCCCAGACUCAACAGCGCAGUGUGUUGGUCUCGGUGCCUGUGUCGACGCAGCAGCAAUUGUCGCACUCGAUUACGUUGCAGACGACGCAAUCUUCGCCUCAGCAGCCGCAGCAUGCCCCGCCGACAGGAACCAUCGUCAGUCUGCCCUCAUCGGUGGGUGGCACCCAAACGGUAGUCAUCACAAACAAUGCAGCUAGCAGUGGAGGAGCGAGUGGAGGCGGCAAUGGAAGUGGAACAGGAGCUACUACUGCUAUGCUCACGCUUCCCAUUGCUCAACUAGUCGGUGCCGGAGUACAGAAACUAAAUCCUCAAACAAUACGUACCUCAAGUGGUGGUGGUGUAGGUGUUGUAGCGACAGCAGCAACUGGAGCUAUACAACCGAGAGCGCGCAACGUCCAGGUCGUGGGCACCAAACAACUAGCUAGCAGUCGACAGCUGCUCACCGCACAGCGUCAGAUUGGUAGUUCGACGCUAAAGAUUGCAACAACGGCUGUCAACAGCAAUGCCGUUACGAAUAGCACGAGCAUAGGUGCCGCACCGAUUGUGAUGUCUGCGCAGAAAAUGCAAUUGAAAACUGUGAAAACGCCGACGCAGCAAGCACAUCAGCAGCAGCAUCGAAUACUCAACCAGAGCACUGUCACCGCAACUUCCCAGACUCUGCCUAGUCCCAGUCAAGUGCAACAUCAACAGCUACAGCACAUACAAAUUACUGGUCGGUCGGCGCCCACAAAUGCCAGCGUAAUGAGUCAGCGCACCCUAACAGCUCUGGCAGCGGCCAAGCAGCAGCAGCAACAGGCAGCCGUCAAUCGACGGCGGUCCACCACCGAUGCCACCAAGUAGACACCAAACUUGGUACUGGAGAAAUCAAUUAAUGCGGACGUACCAGUUAUUUCUAUUCUGGGUUCAGGAGAGGAGACAAGGAAUAAGGCUACGCGUCACAUAUUUUAUAGUUACCCAUAUAUCGGUAUACAUUUUUGUGUGUAUAACUGUGUGUAAGCUGCGCACGCCACAUGAGAUCAAAUCAAACCAACAGUCUGGGAGUGGACUGGGAUUGCAACUGUGCAUAAAGGUGAUGCUCGUAAUCAAGGGGAGGGCGAUGGUAACUGCGUUUCGUUUUUGUGUGCCGUUUGCAGAAAUUUCAGCUUAACCACAAAACGAAUGAAGUGUAUAGCUCAUACGGAUAUACAUAUAUGUAUGUAUCUAUACAUAUAUAAUUGUACAUAUUAAUUGUUUCAUAUUCAAUACGUGCUCCAAAAGCCAUUUCAACAAUGUCUAUUAAUUUGGCUCUCCAACUCCAAUUUGUUACACUCUAAGACUAACUACGUAAGCGUCGUGGUAACUUUAAGCAUAAGCAGUAAUGCGAGAACGGCUCCUCCCCACGAAAUGCAAAUGCAAAUGCAAAUGAAAACAAAACAAAAGCAAUAGUAAGAAAAACACAAUAUAAAAUGUAAAAUUGAUUGUAAACACACAGAAUAAUAUAUGGCUAACUAUUACGA